GGCAGUAAAAACGUAAAUAUGUUUUAAAUUUAGUUGUGGCCCACUGUUCGUUCCGUUUCGCGCAUAAAUAAUAGUCGUCUAAGAGAAAGUAAAGUGCAAGCAACUAAAUGAAUUAAUGAUUUAAGAGCAAGAACCGCGAGAGUCGCGCAAACGAGAAGAGGAAAACCAGUUUUACCACCGUGCAAUGCGCAGAGCCACAGCUAAAGAGAAACGGGCCCAAAGGAGGUGCUAAAGCAGGAAAAAAUCUAGCGAAAAAAAGUUAAAUUGUUGUUAACGCACACCAAUACAGAUCUCUCGCGGCAUCUGUGGGUGUGCUCUUGUGCUCGUGUCAGUGUGCAUUUGUUAUUGUUAGUGCAGAGAGGAGGAAGAGUGAAAAGAGGCAUAAAAAAAGGGCGUCGCAGUUUGCAGCAGCAGCCAAAAACUACACACGAAAGAGGUGUAGAGGAGAGGAAGAAAAACGAGAGAGUGGAAAAAGCGGUAAAGCGUUGGGUAGCUGCAACGAGCGCUUCAAAGAGUGUGACAGAAUCUGUGAUCAGAGCCCAUUGAAUGGCAACAAUAUGCAAUAAUGGACGCAACGCCUAAUGCGGUGGUGCAUACGCCUACGAAUCAAAGUCGGGAUCUCUUAACCUUACAUCCACUGCGUCCAUCACGCGGCUCCAGUUCGAAUCUACGCGCCAGUCGCAGUCCAUCCGCAAGUCGCAGCACCGAACAGAUGUCCAGGGAGCGGGCCAGCGAGGCAGCGGCAGCCACACAAACAGCAGCGGCAGCAGCAGGCGGUGCAUCAGCAGUAGGAGCAUCAUCGUCUGGUGGGACAGCAUCAGCAGCCACAGCAACAACGACUACGACAGCAGCCGCUGCAAACACUUCCGGUCCCGCUUCGGGGAACACCAAUAGCAAUUCUUCGGCCUCCUCCAGCACAGUGGCAGCUGCACAGGCGGCUGUCUACAGCGGCGGCAACACGGUGACCGGCAGUCUGGGCAGCGGUGGGGUGGUGGCACGUGGCUUUCGCAGCCACAGCCCCACCCACCGGCGUAGGAGUCGCGAGAGGCAGCGGCGGACCCAUGGCUCGGAUCAGGGCGGCCUAUUGGCCUACAGCGGCCUCGUAGGCGUCAAUGAUAUGAACGAUUUUGGCGGUGUGGUGGGAGGAGGUACCCAGGGCGGCGGUGGAGGAAGUGCUGGCACAGGCAGUGGCCUGGAGGAUUCACGAUUGUCUGGCAACGAGGACUACUAUUCAUCGUUCGUUUCGGAUGAGUUUGACAGCAGCAAAAGGCCCCGGAGAUGCACCCACGAGAGAAGCUCCAGUGUCCAGGCCAUUGAUCGUUUGAAUACGAAAAUUCAAUGCACCAAGGAGUCCAUACGACAAGAGCAAACUGCCAGAGAUGAUAAUGUCAACGAAUAUCUAAAGUUAGCAGCCAGCGCCGAUAAACAGCAGCUGCAGCGCAUCAAGGCUGUCUUCGAAAAGAAGAACCAAAAGAGCGCACACAGCAUCUCGCAGCUGCAGAAAAAGCUCGAUAACUAUACGAAACGAGCCAAGGAUCUGCAGAAUCAUCAAUUUCAGACCAAGAGCCAACAUCGACAGCCGCGCGAAGUUCUACGCGAUGUGGGCCAGGGUCUAAGGAAUGUGGGUGGCAACAUACGCGAUGGCAUCACUGGAUUCUCGGGCUCUGUGAUGUCCAAGCCGCGUGAGUUUGCCCAUCUCAUCAAGAAUAAGUUUGGCAGCGCCGACAACAUCAAUCAGAUGAGCGAUGCCGAGCUGCAGGGCAUGCAGGCGGCCAAUGCCGCCGAUGUGCUGGCGGCCAACGAAAGACUGCAGCAGCAGGUGCCAGGUGCAGGUACCUCCACCGGAUCUGGUGGGGGUGGAGGACAUAAUAAUAAUACGGGAACGGGCAGUGGCACAGGGAAAUUCAAUAGUGACAAUGGCAGUGAAUGCAGCAGCGUGACGAGUGAGAGUAUACCAGCAGGCUCUGGCAAGAGUCAAUCUGGUGCCAGCCAAUAUCACAUAGUCCUCAAGACACUCCUCACAGAGCUGGCCGAGCGCAAGGCAGAGAAUGAGAAGCUCAAGGAGCGCAUGGAACGGCUAGAGACAAGCCAAAAGGAAUUUAAUAACCUGACAGCCACACUUGAAAGUGAACGAUAUCGUGCCGAGGGACUCGAAGAGCAAAUCAAUGACUUGACGGAAUUACAUCAGAAUGAAAUUGAGAAUCUAAAGCAAACGAUUGCUGACAUGGAGGAGAAAGUACAAUACCAAAGCGAUGAAAGACUACGUGAUGUCAAUGAAGUACUUGAGAAUUGUCAAACGAGGAUAUCCAAAAUGGAGCACAUGUCACAGCAACAAUAUGUCACUGUUGAGGGCAUUGAUAAUUCAAAUGCCAGGGCGUUGGUUGUGAAACUCAUCAAUGUGGUAUUAACGAUAUUACAGGUGGUACUCCUACUAGUGGCCACAGCAGCGGGCAUUAUAAUGCCAUUUCUUAAAACAAGGGUACGCGUCUUAACCACAUUUCUGUCAAUAUGUUUUGUCAUCUUUGUGAUACGACAAUGGCCGGAUGUACAGGAUAUUGGUUCCGGUCUGGUGCGGCAUCUCAAGCAAUCGCUUGUGGUCAAGUGAAGUGGGACGUCCAUGCACACCCCCCCCCCCCAUAGUUCAUACAACAUUAUGUUUCUUUAGUUAUUAAGUUCUUAAAAGUGCUGCAUAUUAUUUUUUUUUGUAUAUAGCUUUGUCGACAUUUUUAAAACAGAAAAUUGUAUCAAUUAUCCCCUUUACAAAAAAAAAAACUCAUUCAUUCACACAUGAAAUCUGUACAAAUCAUAAAUUAUAUUUCCUACCAUAUGUAUCAUCCGACACACAUCCCCUACACACACUCUCUGUAGCAAAAUUGUAAUAUCUUCUAAAAAGUGCUGAUUACUCGACUAAAUCUGAAUGAAACAAUUAUACAUGCUGUUUAAAUGUA